AACCUUGGUGAGCGCGGGAGCAGUGGGUCGACGCAAGGGUUUUCCGUUAAUCCUUCCGGCUUCCUCAAGCCCCGCGUACUAAGGUUCCGUCUAAGCGUGGGUCCGGCCCAGGGUGUGUCCCGGCGCUUGCCCCGAGGCGGCCGCAGGGAUCCCAGCAUGUGAAUUGGACACGAUCACCCAGUUGGAGAAAGAACAACUGUAGACACUGGAUCUUCAGGGAGCUGAAGAGGGGAGUGACCAAAAAUAUCUGUCUGGAUAGGGAUAUUUGAACUGAACCAAAGCAUCAACACCAAUCAGGCUAUUUCUGAAGAACUAGAGUUUCCAGGGUCAGCAAUGGAAAGUCUCCAAAGGAAUACUGCCCAACGUCCUAUGAAUGAAGAAGCCUGUAAAAGUGAGGGCCAGUUAUCAAGGCAGACAAAAUGUCCUCCACAGAAGAAAUCUUCUUUUGAGAAAACAGCAAUUAGAAAAGUGUCUAUGACCCUCAAGGAAAUUUUCACUAGGGAGAGAGGCCCUGAAUCCAGUGAAUUUAGUCUAAGCUCAAAGCUUAAUACACGGCAGAAAAUUCCAAAGGGAGCUAUGUCCCCCAUAUCUAGGAAAAACUCCAAAGAUAAUUCAGGCUUAAUUAAACACCAAAAACUUUUUCCGCAAAGGAAACCUUGUAAAUGCAAUGAAUGUGGUAAAGCCUUUAGUUACCAAUCAGACCUUAUUGUCCACAGUAGAAUUCAUGGUGGAGAAAAGCCUUUUGUAUGCAAUGAAUGUGGUAAAACUUUUAGCCGAAGUACACACCUUAUUGAACAUCAAAGAACUCACACCGGAGAGAAACCUUAUGAAUGCAGUGAAUGUGGAAAAGCUUUUAGCCGGAGUACACACCUUAGUCUACAUCAGAGGAUCCAUACUGGAGAAAAACCAUAUGAAUGUAGUGAAUGUGGAAAAGCCUUUAGCCGAAGCACUAACCUUAGUCAGCAUCAGCGAACUCAUACUCAAGAAAAACCUUACAAAUGUAAUGAAUGUGGGAAAGCCUUCAGUGACCAUUCAACCAUAAUUCAGCAUCAACGAAUACACACUGGAGAGAAUCCCUAUGAAUGCAGUGAAUGUGGAAAAGCUUUCAGUUGGAUCUCAUCUCUUAUUGAACAUCAGAGAACACACACUGGGGAGAACCCCUAUGAGUGCAGUGACUGUGGGAAGGUAUUCAGUCGGAGCUCAUCCCUUGUUGAACAUGAGAGAAUACACACUGGAGAAAAGCCCCACGAGUGUAGAGAGUGUGGAAAGGGUUUCAGCCGGAGCUCCUCCCUUAUUAUUCACCAGAGAACUCAUACCGGAGAAAAGCCUUACAAGUGUAAUAACUGUGGAAAAGCCUUCAGUCAGAGUUCAUCUCUCAUCAGACAUCAGCAACUUCACACUAAAGAGUAAUAUCUGUGCUUUCCUUAAUGUUAGCACAAGAGCACACAGCAUAACCUCCCACAGCUGAAAAGAAACAUAUAUACUUGUUUGAAUUUUCCUUCCUACUAGCUAGCUCUAAGCCAGUUUCAAGCUAGCCUUCCUUCCUUUUUGUAAACUAAAUGCUCAAAUGAGUGAUCAAUCCAACAAGGGGAUGAAUUUUAAAACCUAACAUAUUCACUCUAAUAUUCUGGAGGGCUCCAAUCUUAGAAUAUACAGCUACCUAACACCUUGCAGUUCCUCACCUUAUCUAUUCCAUGGAGCUUGGAUCCCUGAACCACUAGUGAACCCUCUCUUUCCCAACCACAUCAGCUCCUUCACUUAAAAGAGGAAAUACCAUGUGUGUGUAUUUUCAUGCUUGCUGGCUCCAGUGGCAGAAGAGAAGUAGCUGGCUUCAGAUUAGGAUAAAAAAUUCCCACCAGUUUGGGGAUAAAAAAUUCAGUCUCGAAUUAUAUGGACAAAUUUUUCUCUUCCUUCCUCCCUUACCUUUUUUGCUAUAGCAUAGUUUCCUCAAAGUAUAGCCCAUAGUUCUAAUGUGCCUAACUAAUCCCAGUGUUAUUUUAUCUUAUCCUUACCAAGAAGGUCCUAAAAAUCUUAGUUCCUCCAUUAUCUUUUAAAAAAUUGCUGUCCUAUUUUAAAAACUUUUCUUUUGUUUACAGACUUCAUGAAACAUAUACCAUCUGGUUCUGACUCUCACCAGCCUUGUUAAGUUGAUCUGUCAAAGACAAACUCAGUGCCUUUUUCUCAGUCCUCUUCCUACUUGACAUUUGCAGAAUUGGUAAUUUUGGCCACUCCUAUGCCUUAAAACGUGAGCUUCUGGGAUCCAUUAUUCUGUGCUGAUCCACACUUUUCCUACCUCCCAGCACUUCUCUGAUUAACAAUGAUCAGCUCUGUGACUUGGGCAAGAGUUGGACCAGAAUAAUUUCAUUUUAUUGGCUUAUAGUACUUCAUGUUAUUCAAUUAGAUUGUAAGCUUCUUGAAAACAGAAAUCUUGUUUUAGAUCCCUAUAAAACAUCACACAGUGCUGAGCAGUCACUAAAUGCCCCAAAAUUAUUGCUUACUGAUUCCUCUUUAUCUAUCCUGGUUAAUCAGUCUGCUAGGAUUUAUUUGAAAUGUCUUGAUAGUUGAUUUCUUUCUCUCUAUUCCUACUGCUGCUGCCAAGUCCUCAGUAGUUUGGGCCUAGAUUACCAGAGUAAACACAUUGUUGCUGCUCUUGUCUCCCUGUCUUUAUAUAGCUGCCUGACUAAACUACCACUUGGUUCAGAAAGAAUCCACAGUUUCCCAUUGUCCCAAGGAAAAAGUUCAAAGGACUUUAACUUGAAGACCUUGCACAGUUGGAUCUAUUUACAUAUUUUCCAUUACUCCCCUGUACAACUGGGCAGCCCUGUCCUUUGUCUCUACGACACCCUUUCUCUUCACACUUGGCUCCGCUUCAAACUAUUCCGUGGCACCAUUUUACAUACCCUGCUUUCCUCCCUGUAUCUCCAGAAAUCUAUCCAUACUUUAUAAAAGGCCCUGGUCAGGUCCUGCCUCCUCUGUGAUAAUUUCAGCACCACCCCCCCCCCUUAGAAGUCCUUUACAGUGAUGGUUUUCCUUAUUCUCCUGUAUUACAUACUUUCUUAUUCUGUUCUCUGGUUCUGUCAGGUGCUUUUUUCCAUGAACUUUUUUGAAGUUAGAAAUUGUCUUAAAUCUCUUAGAAGCCCCAUCUAAUACAUAGUACAAUGCAGGCCUGGGUUGUAGUUUUAAUCUAAGUCAGGAGGGUUUAAUUUAAUAAUGCAGUCACUUUACUCUUUUGAAUGGUGAGAUUACCUCAUAAAUAUUUUUGUCCUUUUUGUCCUACCUUGAAUUAUAUACAUUAAGCCUUGGGACUGACUCUCCUUCAGAGCUCCUGGGAUGCUGGUCUCUUGGCUUUCCACUUCAUGAGAUUGUUUUAAGGAGUAUGUGGGUUUAUUCAUAUAAAGUGAUGAAAACAGUGCCUGACAUAUAGUAAGUGUUCAAUAAAUGCUAAUUGUUAUGAUUCUAUUCCUUCA